AUGGGAAAUAUUAUAAGCAAUAUUCAAAAUAAAAUAAUUCGUUCCGACGAAAUCCCAAUUCCUGAGAUGAAAAAUCUCUCAGAUGAUCAGAUAAAAAUCAUUAAGCAGACUUGGGAAAUUCCGUCUGCAAAAAUUCUGUUUUCACUUAAAAAUAUUUCAGGCACUCCUGGUUUCAGAAGCCAUGCAAACAAAAUUAUGAAUGUUUUCGGAAUCUCUGUCGACUGCCUGGAUAAACAGGGAGGGAUUGACGAAAUAAUCCGUCUACUAAAUGACAUGGGCCGCAGUCAUAAAAGGCGCGGCAUUCCUAAACGAGCUUUCGUAGAGUUGCGAGAAAUUAUUAUCGAAGUACUUUCACAAGUAUGUCAUUUGGACGAUGAAGGCAAACAAGCAUGGAACGAUUUUAUUGAUAUCGUUUAUCAUGUUGUUUUUAGAAACACUUUUAUGUGUGUAGCUUACAUACUGUCUCAAGGUCAAGAGGGUGGUGGUAGGAUGUGUGUAGAGCGUGAGUUUUGUCUGACAUUGAAAAAAAGAAUUGCAGUCAGUAGGAAGAAGAAGAACUGCGCCGAUGAGACACUAAAUCGUCCUCAACACCCUCAUCUUAAACAGAACAGAGAUUUAAAUUAA